AUGACAGAGAUAGAGUUAAGUCUACCCGAAUCAUCAACAAAGCAUAGAAAACCAAGGAAGAAAAGAUCAACAGUCAACUCAGAAUUAAACAAUGUUCAUGAAUCAAAUGAAGAUAUAUUAAAACAAUAUAAGAAUUUUGUAAAUGCACCAAAAUUUAAUCUAAAUAGUGAAGAAGUUUAUUGUAUAUGUCGAGAACCAGAUGAAGGAGAUAUAAUGGUAGCAUGUGAUGGAUGUGAAGAAUGGUUUCAUAUGAAAUGUAUGAAUGUGAAUCCUGAUGUUUCAAAUUUAAUUGCAAAAUUUUAUUGUAAAUUUUGUAAAUGGAAAAAUAUUGGUUCAACUUUAUGGAAAAGAAAAUGUAGAUUAGAAGAAUGUUUGAAACCUAUUGCUGAUAAUUCAAAAUAUUGUAGUAAGGAGCAUGGUGAAGAAUAUAUGAGACGAUUGUUUCAUGAAAAAAAUGUUGAUAUUGAAACAAUAAAAAAGGUACUAGGUUUUGUUGGUGAUAGUGAAAAAUUACAUCAAUUAGGUUCAAGAUUUCCCGAACUUGAACAAAUUAACAAAUUUAAAACCGAUGAAUCAAUAGAUCAAUUUCCUAUGAAUACUCAAGAAGAAUUGACGAAUUUAAAAAACCAAAGUGACUCAACAAAUGAUCAGAUUCAUGCAUUAGAAAAGAAAUUGGAAAAUCUACAAUCAAUGAAAGAAAAUAUUAAAUUCAUUAAUGAAAAAGUAUCAGAAUCUAUAUAUCCGGGAGAAAAUCAAAAAAAGAAAAAACAGAAAAAAUUGGAAUUGUGUAUGUGUGAUAAAUCUGACAACAACAUGAUUAUUCAAAUUGGUUCAUCGAAUGAGUUAUUGGAAAAAUUGAUUAAAAAGAUUCUGAAAAGAAUGGAAACAAUUGAAGAAGAUGAGGUAGAAGAAGAACAAAAUGAAGAUGAAGAUGGUGACACAAAUAUGGAGACCGUACAAGAUUAUGAUGAUCCGGAUUGGUUUUACGAAGUAUGUGUUAAAGAAAAAAAGAAAUGUCAUCGACAUGCGGGUUGGUUCAGUCUUUAUUAUGAUGAAAUUAUCAAAGUACUAGACCAACUAGUUCUGAAGAAAGAACAAUUAAAAACUGAAGAAGAUAAUGUUUUACGAAAUUAUUCUAUAACUGUUUAUGAAAGCCAGUGA